GGGGCAGGGGAGAGAGCGGGGGAUCAGCUAAGUCACGCAGGAAAAGCUCUUCCCCCCCGGCACGGCCCCGAGAAGCGCAGGGGCAGGUUGUGUGUGUGUCCCCCCCCCCAGCCCGCUUUGGGCGAGAAGACAAAGCAGCGAGCGGCCCCCAUGGGGAAAGGGGGUGAGAAAGGAGGGGAGGCGGGGGAGGCGGAGGCGCAAAUCCGCUUCUACACCUGGGAGGAGAUCCAGAAGCACAACCUGAGGACGGACAAGUGGCUGGUGAUAGAGCGAAAGGUUUAUAAUGUCACCAAGUGGGCAAACAGACACCCGGGGGGUCAUCGAGUGAUCAGCCACUGCGCCGGCGAAGAUGCCACGGAUGCAUUCCAGGCCUUCCAUAUCAAUCCCACCUUGGUGCAAAAGUUUCUCAAGCCAUUACUUAUCGGAGAGCUUGCUCCAGGGGAACCUAGCCAGGACCGAGAUAAAAACUCCCAGCUGGUGGAGGAUUUCCGGACCCUGAGGAAGACAGCAGAGGACAUGAACUUGUUCAGAGCAAAUCCUUUGUUCUUCUCUCUUUACUUCGGCCAUAUUAUUGCAAUGGAAGUUUUGGCUUGGUUAAUGGUUUCAUACUUCGGUACUGGCUGGAUCACAACUCUCAUCCUCGCCUGCAUCCUUACAACUUCCCAGACCCAGGCAGGGUGGCUGCAACAUGAUUUUGGACACCUCUCUGUCUUUAAGAAGUCUUCCUGGAACCACAUCGUUCACAAGUUUAUCAUUGGACACCUGAAGGGUGCCUCUGCAAACUGGUGGAACCAUCGUCACUUCCAACACCAUGCCAAGCCCAAUAUAUUCGAGAAGGACCCAGAUGUGAACAUGCUGCAUAUUUUUGUCCUCGGAGAUACACAGCCUGUUGAGUAUGGCAAGAAGAAGCUGAAGUACCUGCCUUACAACCACCAGCACGAGUACUUCUUCCUCAUCUUCCCGCCUCUGCUCAUCCCUGUGUAUUUCCAAAUCCAAAUCAUCUCGACCAUGAUCAGGCGCAGGUUCUGGGCGGACCUAGCCUGGGCCAUCAGCUACUACAUGCGCUACUUCAUCACAUACAUCCCAUUCUAUGGCGUUCUGGGAUCCCUGUCUCUCCUCACUUUUGUCAGGUUUCUGGAGAGUCACUGGUUUGUGUGGGUCACCCAGAUGAAUCACAUUCCAAUGGAAAUUGAUUGUGAGAAGCACAGAGACUGGCUUAGCUCUCAGGUGGCAGCCACUUGCAAUAUCGAGCAGUCCUUUUUCAAUGACUGGUUCACCGGGCACCUGAAUUUUCAAAUCGAGCACCACCUGUUUCCAACAAUGCCGCGGCACAAUUUCUGGAAGGUGAAACCUUUGGUGAAGUCAUUGUGUGCCAAGUAUGGAGUCCAAUAUGAAGAGAAGCCUCUUGGAAAAGCAUUUGUAGACAUCAUUGGGUCCCUAAAGAAAUCUGGAGAUCUAUGGCUGGAUGCUUACCUCCAUAAGUGAAUAUGAGUCUUAAUGGGGAGGUGUGAGUGACCGGGAGGGAUGGGGGGUGGGCGGGGGGGGGGGGGGGGGACAUCACACGUGUCUUUUACUCUCAGAUUUUGGUUUAUAUCUACGUGCACAGUUGGAGGGGAGGUUCCUGUCUUGUCAACUGUUACUGGUACGGGCUCAGGCAACCUCUUUAAUCCAGAGAGAUUUAAAAUGUGCUUCAGAGGAUGAAAAGCAAUGCCAGUAUCGCACAAAACGGGAGGAUGGAGAGAAGGAGUGUUUAAAAAAGGGGCACUAAUAUCUGACCUUGACCUUCCCUUCACAAGAUUCAUUCUAAUUCUACCUAAACCACACAAGCCCCUGAUUCACAGACAGAUAAGACUUGUUAGGCUUCAGUGAGUAUUUGCAAUCCAGCUUAUUCCUCUUCCCCAUGUUUGUGGAAAAGAGGAGCUCAGCACAGUUUCAUUUUGUUAUCAAGGAAAAAAAUAACGUGGUCUGGGAUCGCCAUCGCAACGGGGAGCUCAGGUGGGCUGCGAUGCCUGCGAUGCGGAAUCGCACCCCACGGGUACCAGAAGCUGCUGUACUGGGAUGGGGCUUUCAGCCCUGCCCAGAGCCCCGCUGUCUUGGGCUCCCUCCGUUCUCUCCCUCCUUUCUUUCUCUAGUCAUAGCAUCACUUAGGAAAAGCAGCGAUACUGAUCCUGCACAACUAAUGUCUAACCACAUCUCAGAGGGGUUAAUAUAGGUGUAAUUUUAUGACCGGCCCCUAUUUCCAGGGGUCUGUGGAAGAUCUUUCGGCUUAUACAGCAAAACGUCUCCUUUAGGAGAGGGUCUAUUUUCUCUUUAAUGAGCAGUAGGUCUGGCACAGCAUUAUGGUUGUCAGUAACUUACAUAAAAGACCAAAAUAAGUCACAUAAGCCAAACUGACUAAUUGCUCGUGAGUGCUCCAGUGUAACCACAAACGGUCUUUUCACCAGAGCAGUUAGGCUCUGAAACACACGGUUCUGCCUGUCUGCACAUGCCUGGCAUAAACCGAGCCUGUGUCUGCUUGUCAGAGGCCAGGAGCAAUGGCACUGUUUACCCUUCUGUUGGGAACAAUCAGCGAAGAAAAAGAGUUCUCCCUGCAAAAGGAGGAGCUGCCCAAAUCAUUUGACCUGGCCCCUUGGCUCUUCGGGGAGGCAGCUGAAAACAGAAUUGACCGGCCUGUGCUGGUGAUAUGAAACCUUCCAGAGAACCCUCUUACAAGUUGUCUAAAACUCCAUUUUCCGCCCAACACCUCAUUACCAAAAUCCAUUAAUGGCUUAUCAUAUGAAUGACUUCCAGGUGCUUCUCUAACAGGCAACCUGAUCCCAAAUAAAUCAAGGGCUUUAGAUUCAGUUAUACUACGACAGAAGAGACCUACCCUUUAGUUUAUGAUAAAGGGCCAUGGUUUCAAAAGCAGUCUCCAGUUCCAACAGCUGUCUUGUUGCUCACUCAAAACACAGAAUAGGGCUUGAUACUCUAGUUAUUAGGCAAUGACUUUGCACGCCUCAUUACUUUGCUCAGCUCUGAAACUGGAUCUUCUCUAUCAGAUCCUCGACUGCUGACAGAGUCCCACAAAAUCAGCAAGGUGUGUCAUGAACAGAGACAACUCCAGGACUGUGGCCAGCCAUUUCAAAAAAUAAAUGGAUCCCCCCCACCUCCGCUCUUUGGAGAAUAAGAUGAGAUUAUAUCUUUGCUUACAGAUGGGAAAUUCACAGGCAGGACUGCAACUUAAGCUAGCUAGUGGUACUUCAGGUUUGUAAAGGGCUUAUUCUGGUGUUCUAGCCCACCCCUAAGCUAGCAAUACCUCAAUAUCACUAGGAAUGGUUAGGAUGAAAAGCUACUGUCUCCAGGGUGUCUGAAGCUCAAACAGAGUUUGAGCAGAUUUUAUAGUUGAUUUCUAAUAGCAUAAAAAAUAACAUCCUUCUGGAUGCUGUAAUUUCCCAGACAGGUAAUAACAAGCUAGCCUGGGAUCGUGGCUAACAUUGUUAUGACUGCCUUAAUAUAUGCAUCUCUUUCUGAAUGUAUCUCGCUGUCUCUGCUCCAGCAAGGAUAGCCACAAGCACACAGUAGCAUCAGCAGUGCAAUCUUUUAAAUAUUCAGCUUAUUUUUCUGACAGUUCAUAUUUUUUCACCCUUCCAGUUCUUAUUUCCAGAGCAAAUAUUUUCUCAAUACAACGAUGCCUCUGCCUCCUUAGCCCUGUCCCCUCUUCCCUCUCUUACCUUUCUUCUUGGAAAACUGUUUGCUUUUUAACACUUAGAGAAACUGCAGAAAACUGGUAGCUCAGCCUAGGUAAAUAGUCCUGCUUUAGCAGCUUGGCUUCCUUUUUGCCACUGACCAGUCUACUGGAAGGACUGUUUUUCUGCUAAAAACCCAAAGUACUGCCAACACAACAGCCUGGCCUAACAGGAGACAGCAGCUAUUACUGACGAUGGCUGAAAGAACUUGAAACAUUCAAGGAGAGCAACCACGCUGCACCGAUCUGCAGAAGAAAAGACCAGCUCUUAGGCAAACAGGCAAUUUUUUUUCCCAAGACCUUAGGAGAAGAUACCAAAGGGAAGAAAGGGGGGAACAGAGAGAUCUUGAUAUUAACUCUUCCCCAGCUACUUGCUUCUUUCAGACUCUAGAAAAUUUCCCUUUUAAUGAAAAAUGUUCAGUUGCUCAAAUCCAGAAAUAAAAACUGUGCAAUGUUAUAGUCAGAACUGA